CACCGUCGACAAACUACUUGGUGGAGAAAUAUCGAUCCACGUCCGCAUCGUCGUCUCAUCCGCCUCCUAAUCAUCCUCAUCUACUCGAUCUCAUCAGCAAGUAGUCAGCUCUAAUCGUCCUCAUCGAGGAUUUGCAGGAGAGGAGCGCAAGCCCAUACCUCUGCUCCGGCCAAAUUGUGUCUUUCAAGUAACCAUGGAUUCAAGAUUAAAUUUUUUAGUCCUUAUGCUGGUUAUCAGCUUUGCCUGUGCAAAUGCCAGGAGUUUAGCUAGCUUGGAUGUGUUCGUUGUGCAGGUUGAUAAUGAGAUUCAAAGUGAAAGUCAUAUUGUGAGGAAUGAAAAGUUAUGCACUCUAUGCAAAGAAUUUGCAUCUCAAGCUUUAUAUUAUCUUGGUGAAAAUGAGACACAGACUCAAGUUACCGAUAUACUUCACAAAGCAUGUUCCAAACUGCAUUCUUUGGAACAACAGUGUGUCACACUGGUAGAUUACUAUGCACCACUGUUUUUCUUAGAAGUUUCGAAGACGAGCCCAGAGGAGUUCUGUGAUAAGGUGAACCUCUGUGAUAGCAAUGCCCAAGUGAGUUUGCCAAAGCAUGACAAUGCCUGCACACUUUGCCAAGAUAUCCUCGGGGAGGUUCUUUCCAAAUUGCAAGAUCCUGACACCGAGCUUGAGGUGAUCGAGAUACUUCUGAAAGGAUGCAAUAAGAUGGAAAAUUUUGUUCAAAAGUGCAAGAAACUGGUCUUCCAAUAUGGACCGCUGAUCCUGGCCAAUGCCGAGAAGCUCCUCGAGAAAACUGAUCUUUGCACUUCUAUCCAUGCGUGCAAGACGAGUCAACAAGUUGCAGAAACCAUUCUCGCCAGUGCGUAAAGGAUUGGACAUAAUUUAGCGCGUAGUUGUCACUUUUCGCUGUUAUUUUGCAAUGAUCUUAUAUCUUUGGUGCCCAGUAAAUUGCAUAUUAGCCUUCACUUCCACUAUACAUUGAUGCACUUGAUCAUGUAAUCAAUUGGCCAUCAAAUGGGCUUUGGAUAGUUGAUAUAUGUAUUAUAGUGUGCAAUUGUCUAUUUCAACA